AUUGCUAAAGCAUGUUUGCGUGAGUCUUAUUUUGCUGUCUCUUAUGUUCAUAGAAUCGAUGCCUAUGGAUUUGAAAGGCCUGAAGGAUUUGAUUAUACAUUUUAUGAAGACUUUCAUUCCAGAUACUUGGUAGUUCUCACCAGAAGAGCUAUAAAAUGGUCAAAACUUUUGCAGACUUCUGCAGCUGUUGAGAAGAGCAUGAAAGUAAAGCGAUAUAUUAGGAAAGGCAUUCCUAAUGAACAUCGCUGUCACGUGUGGAUGUUAAUAAGUGGAGCACAGGCCAGAUUGGAGAAGAACCCAGGAUACUAUCACAAUGUAUUAGUGGAAGGAAAGAAGAAUGCAAAGCUUGUGGAUGCUGUCAUCACAGAUCUGAACAGAACAUUUCCUGAUAAUGUGAAGUUCCGUAAAGAUUCAAGCCAAUGUUUGCAGCCAAUGCUACAUAAUGUUUUAGUGGCUUAUGGCCACCAUAAUAGCAGUGUGGGCUAUUGCCAGGGUAUGAAUUUUGUCACUGGAUACCUCAUUUUGGUUACUAAAGAUGAGGAAAAGGCCUUCUGGUUGUUGGAUGCUCUUCUUGGACACAUUUUACCUGACUAUUACAGCUCUGCGAUGACUGGUCUUAAAGUAGACCAGGAAGUACUGGGAGACUUUGUAAAACUGAAGAUCCCAGCUGUGGCUGAUUUAAUGGAGAAACUUGGAGUGAUGUGGACUCUUGUGGUUUCCCGUUGGUUUAUUUGCUUGUUCAUAGACAUCCUUCCAGUAGAGACUGUGUUACGAAUAUGGGACUGUUUAUUCUACGAGGGAUCAAAAAUAAUUUUUUCGAGUAGCCUUAACACUAAUAAAACAGUACCAAGCUUUCAUAUUGGAAGGCCGAAACUUUCCAGAUGUGUGUGACAAGUUUAAGGAAAUAACUAAAGGACAAUUGGUCACAGAAUGCCACCUCUUCAUGCAGAAAAUCUUUGUUGACCCGGGAAGUUUAUCAAAAACAACAAUAAUCAAGUUACGGGAGAAACACCGAUCACAGUUGCUCACUCAGGAAUAA